UUUUUCGUGUCUGCAAAACAUUCACCUAUCGAAGUACUGUCUAUGUACUGAAUAAAUAUUUAGUAUGUCUCGUGUGUAUUACGGGAGGAGUGAAUAUAUCCUUAGGGGCGCGAAAACCCAUAAGGCAAGGAUAGUAGGCCCUACUAGAAAGGGAAUGUUCGGCUGCUUGAUAUCUAGAGAGCAGCGUUGUUAUCAGAAUGGCAGGCAUUAAGGUAGCAUCAGCGAUAAAGGAUGCGUUCGUCGAUCCGAUUGAGUGUCGCCGGAGAGUUCUGUUUGCAGUUGUGUCCGCAUUAUUAUCUGAAAAUGGAUUCGAUUCUGCAGGAACUGGGGUAAUCGAAACACUUGUUGAGAUGCUGCAAAGCAUUCUGGUUGAGUUGGGCCGAUCUUCUAAGGCAUAUGCAGAGCUGGCUGGCAGAACAGAACCUUUCCUAGGUGAUGUUAGUUUAGCAAUGACUGAAAUGGGAUUGAGUAUACAUUCUCUGCCAGCAUACCUGAGACGACCGGGAGCGAGUAGAUACGUAAUAUCAGCAGCUGCGCAUGCAGUACAGCCUCCUAUAACUCGUGCCUUGCAAACAGGAGAAAAACUACCACAUCCCGCUUAUAUUCCGGACUACCUUCCUCCGUUUCCGGACACUCACAGCUACAUAAAGACUCCCACGACGCAUCAGGUGUCAACCGAAUACGAAGAGGUGAGAGAGAAGGCUGCAUCACAGAAAAGAGAUGUUGAAAGAGCACUGACAAAGUUUAUUGCGAAAACUGGAAACGUACACGGUCUGUUUAUGGAUGACCCCACUGCCUUCCCGCUCAUUGCAUGUCAGCGCUCAGCACAACCAUACCUGAAUGCUUUGCUGUCAAAAGAUCAAAACUUUGAAGACUUGGAGGUGCAAACUCAAGAGAAAGCUAGCGAUACUGGAAGCAUUAGUGCAGAAAGCAUCGACAAUCCUUACCUCAGACCCGUACGAUUACCCAGGGCAAAGAAACGUAGACAGUAAUUUAUACGUAUCCUGUGUUUAUUGCCCUAACAUUAGUGUGAAUAUGGGUCAAGUCAAUAACUUAUACUAUUUCCAUCAUUAUACAGUGGUCCCUGCAUUAUCGAACUUCAGAUCAACAGGCACGUCACUUAAUUUACUUUACUUUAAAAAACAAUCCCUGGAUGCAUCUUACUUUUUAAUCAGAUAAAGGGUGCAACACCUUGGUUAAAUAGGAUAUUUUUUGUCAAACAAACUUCCUUCAUAUCUAAACAUUGUGAAACGAUCUUCAACUUAACAGCAAGUCCAGCUUUUCAGUGAAUUCUAAACACAAAAUAUUUUUUAGAACUAAAAUUACCAUUUCUAGGAUGAAUUAUAAGCAUCUGUUCUGUACUGUUCACGUGUUCCUUGACAGGCGUGAUGAAUUCACAUUAGUUCAAGCAUAGAUGCAAUGGUUUUAUUGAAAUGCCAUGUGCUUCUGCCUUUCUAACAUAAAGUUCUUUAAAAUACUAUUUUCGUGGAGCUGGAGCAGCUUUAAUCAGGAUAUUUUUAUGGUUCGAUAGUGACUUAUCCCGAUAAAGCGGGGACCACUGAACCAAUACUUUUUGUUAUUACAUAAAAGCAGUUGUUUGCAACUACUUUGUUAUCGUGAUUUGUAUUUGACCAUUGUCAAAUGAAUAAUAAAAAUAGUACGUAGUAAGAUGUUAGAAUAAUAUAUUGUGUGGUAGUACAGCACUUGUUUAUGCUAUAGAUUCUGUUUUGCAAAUAAUGAUUAGUAGGUGGCAGUAGAAAUACUAAAAUGACAGGUUUUGUCAUAGUAGGACCAGUACGAUUACGGAGCGCAAUCUUAUACAUUGUACUUAUAAUUUCUUCUAGAUUGUUACAAUGAUGCAUAUGCUGUAUAAACGUAUUGGCAUUGACAAACAAGUUAAAUAAUUCAAUUGUGAUUGUCAAAUAUAUUCCUGACGUUAACGCGGAUAGGUGUUAUGACUAGUAUACAACCUGUAGUGGCUAUAUGUAACAUAACUAUAUAUAGUUAUUGUACUUCUGGUUGGUAAACAUACCAUAUGUAGCAGUUUGGUGACUUGUGCCGUGGAGGCACACACACAAUGUCGUCGACAGUGACUUGCCAAGUACAAACUAUAACAGUACAGACUAAAACUAUUCUAUUUUGUUGCUUGUGUCUUCCGCAAUGUCUUUUCAUCAUUCUUCUCAACAUUCGAUCUUUCUCAAUCUGCUUCUUCCUUCUAAUACAUCGCCUCCAAGAAAUGAAA